CAAAAAUCAAAAUAAUCUUUUUCUUCAAUCCCCUUUUAGUUUACUAGUUUUUGUUUUGUUCUUUGUUGCUUCGAAGCACUUUUUGAUUGUUAGCGAUUACUAUGUGACAUUCAUUCAAUUAUUAAGUUCAUUUAAUUACAUCACAUUUGAGUUGUCUAAUUAAAAGUUUAAUCGUAUUGCAAAUAUGUGUCUUUAACAAAUACAGUAAUUAUUGUAGUUAAGUUGAUUAAUUUUAUUACAAAAAUGUGUGAUAGUUCAACUGGUGAUUCAUCUCCUCCACAACAUACAAUUUCUAUAAGUAAAUUGGAUAAUGAUAUAACUGAAAAAACAGAAGAAAUCACUACAACCGAUUCAGAAGAAUAUUUAUCCGAAACUCUCAGAUAUAAAAACUUUCAGUAUUCACAAUCUAAUGUUUCUAAUAUAACUUUAUCAUUACAAAAUUCAAGAAUUGAAGAGGAAAAUGGUAAUGGUGAUACUUCUAUCCCCAAUGGACAUAUUAUUUCAAGUAAUAUUCAGAUUCCUAUUGUUGGAUAUGAGAUUAUGGAAGAGAGAGCUAGAUUUACAGUCUACAAGUUGAAAGUUGAGAAUAAAUUGACGGGUGGUUUCUGGUAUGUCUUCCGGCGUUAUACGGACUUCGUCCGUUUGUGCAACAGGCUAAAAAACAGAUACCAGGAUAUAGUACAACAUUUACCUAGAAAAAGAUGGCUGAAGAAUAAUUUCGAUCCCAUUUUUUUAGAAGAAAGAGUAAAUGGCUUACAAACUUUAGUGAAUGCUAUUUUAAAUGUACCUGAACUAAUUGGAUCACAAGAAAUUCAAGACUUUUUUUGUUUAAAUGAACCUCCUGUAUACUCUGAAACUAGUGAAGAAACCAAAGCAAUAUUCGAAGCCUUAGAAGAUACUAUUAGUGAACUCAAACAACAAAUUCGUGAGAAAGAUACUUCUAUUGAUUCCUUAGAAAUGAAGUUACAUUCCCUAGUGACUGAAAAUGACAAUUUAAGAAAACUAAUCAGUAAUUCGAUGAUGAGCUGUCAAAAAUGUCAAAAAGAAUGCGAGAAUUUUCAAAAGUUAUCAAAAUAAAGUUUAAUUCUUUCAUCGUUAAUAAAAAUUUGUAUGUGAUUAUAUGUUGACUAAAUCAAAUAUUUUUAUGAG